AUGCUAGCUUUUUUGCGCUGCGCAAAGGAUUUUGGCGAAAAUUCGACUAAUGAUUCAUUUUUUGCAACAACCAUAAUGGCUGUAUUCAAGAAAUUAAAAAAAUCCAAAGACAAAAAUGCAAUUCCGGAACCGGAACCGAUUAAACAACUUGAUUCAAGGUUCGGAAUGGAUUCAUAUCGAGAUUUUUUCACACUUAAAAACUAUUGGAAAUCUGUCGAUCGGAAGAAAGUCGAAUCUGCAAAUUUUCUUUUUUACAGGAUUCUUGAUAAGCUUAUGCACAUAUAUUUACACCAUGCAUGUGGUUAA